AUGUGGUGCGACAACUGUCUCCUCGUCUUCCCGCUUCGUGCGGGCACAAUGGCGCUUGCGACUCUGAUUGCGGCUUACAGUAUCGGGGGAGGCAUCAUCCUCUUCAUGUAUGGCCAGUUUCUCUGGUUCACCUACCCAGAGGUCCAAAUCUACGGCGGCAUCUCAAUGGCUGUUGGCGCAUGCUCGAUCAUCCUGUUGCUCGCUUUCGCUAAUCGUUCAGUCAUCUGGAGCGGAGUCUGGACGUCCGCCCUUCAGUUUCUCCUGCCUUUCGUGCUGUUUGUCUCCGCUAUCCGCGCCGGUAUCAUGAUAUUCCGACUCGACUAUUACCAAUCGAACGUCAUCUGGGAAUGCAACCACGGCGGCAUCCUAUGGAACGCUACGAUCGCCAACAGCACGAACAUCCCGACCAAUACGUCGGACAGGACGCUUCCGUCGGGCUUUUGCUCGUCCGGCUUCCACUCCCUCUACUUGGCGUUUGCGUUUGCGCUCUGCAUCGACGUCGCCUUGCAGCUCUACCAAUACUUCCUCGUCUGGCGCUUCAAGGCUUUCCUCACGCAGUACUGGACCUACAAGCAGCCGAUGGGCGGGCUCGGCGCGUGA